UUCUUGAAUCGCAGAUAAUGGUCGUUAUUAUUUCUAUUUUUCUAAUAAAAUGCACAUAAAUUAUGCAUAUAAUACAUAUACAUUUUCAAUUUCAAUCUUGAAUCCAAGAGCAUUUUAAACAAACCAAAGACAUUCACAAUCGUACAUAACAAUUUUCAUCACAUCUUAUUCAAUUUUCUUACUACAAUGAAUUUGAAUAAAGCUUUGGGAUCUCUCUUUAGGCGGAUGAUGAGAAGUUUGGUUAUAUUCAGAGACACACAGUUCACAAGCGUUGCAUUUUUUCCUACUGGAGUCCAGUUUCUCACUGUAGGAACUGACAGAAAAAUUGGAUUUUGGCAAGUCUUGGAUGGUUCACUCAUUAGAGAGAUUGAAGGUUCUGUUUAUGAUGCCCUCAAUACUGUGGCUGUUUCCCACAAUGGAUGUGCAUUUGUUUCUGGGGGAUGUGACCAGCUUGUGAAACUUUGGAAAUACAACGAAGGUUGCCUAUCUCAUGUUGGUGUGGGGCACGCUGGAGCCAUCACUGCAGCUAAGUUUUCACCUGAUGAUAGAUACAUAGUUUCUGUGAGUUCUGAUGGAGGCAUUUUUAAAUGGAAGUGUCCUGGUGCAGGAGGUUCAGGAGGUCCAACUGCUCCAGGAACAUGUAGUUUAAAGAUGGUUGUUAACGAUCGGGGAGAUAGUAAACAAAAUGAAGAUAUUCAUAGAACAAGAGAAAAUACUCCUCUUACAGUAUCUAGCCACAGAUGUGAUGCUGGAAAGAAAGAACCUGUCCAACAAGUUGAAUCCAAACAAAGCACUUCAACAAAACCCAGUCCAAAUCAAUGAAAAGCUAUAAAUUAAACAAAUAGAAUUACGAGUUCCAACUGAAAUAAAACAGUAGACAUGAAAAUGUAAUAAUAAUGAUCAGUUCAAGAGACAAACAAAGAUAAACGGCAAAUAACAUGAAAACAGUAUUUUAAAGCAAGAGCAUGAAAU